AUGCGCAGCGACAUGAAGCUGUCACUGUGUUGGCUUUUCAUCGUGAUCGGUUUCGGGCUAACUAGCGCUGAAGUACGAGGAGCAAGUUAUAUCGAACGACUGGGCGUGAGUGAGGGUCGUAGAGGUUUCACCCUUCUAAGCUCCCGAAGAACGAUCAACUCGGGAUCUUUGCUUUGUACCAGCAGCGAAACGGAUAUCAAAAACACAAGUAAAUGUGACACAAGAACGGCGGAACACUCGUCGCUCGAUGACAUGAUGACUAGGACGCCCUAUUUGACACUGGCACUGAAAGUGCUGCUGAUGGUGAUACUCUGCUACACGCUGUGAUAAGAAUGCUUGUCAGAUACGCCGGUGGUUGUAUUUGUGAAUUGCUCUUCUACCCUAAUCAACCUUUGAUUAGAUUG